CCAUGGCGGAGGCCCCACCCUCAUCACUAAUCACCCCCCAAAUCCACCACCCCUCCCUCUCCGUCUCAUCGGAUCCCCGGCAGCGCGAGGGGCGGCGCAGGGCACGCGACGCUGCCCCCGCCACCGCCCGCUGCAGCCCCAGCGGCAUUUCCUCGAGCACAUGGCGCUCGUGCCCAGCGGCGGCGCGGGCGCGGGCAAGGACGAGGCCGCCCUCGGCCUGCCGUGGUCCGAGAUGUUCCGCUCCGCCUCGCUCCGACGGCCCAAGCAGGGGGCCGACGACACGCCGCCUAAGAAGCCGCCGCCUCCGGCGCUGAAGCCGGCCUUGAAGGAGGGGAAGGCCAAGCCGGCGGCAGCGGCGGCGGGGGCGGGGGCCGGGCCCGACAUCGCGGGACUGUCGCUGGAGCCCGACGCGCGCCUGGCGCUCUACAUCGCCAUGGCGCACGCGGGGCUCGCCACGGCGCUGCUCGUGCUCUAUGGCCUCUACCUCCUGCUCGCCGACUUCCUCCGCCCGCUGCAGUGGGCGCUGCUCUGCUCCGUCCCGCUCCGCGAGACGCAGCGCGCGCUCGUCGCCUUCUGGGAGCCCCCGCUCCGGGGCGGGCUCAGCGCUGCGGUGCUCGCGCUCCCGCUCGCCGCGCUCCGCUCCUCCGCCGCCACGCUCGCCGACGCGCGCGCCGCGCUUCUGCGCCGCCCGCUCCCGCACUCCCCCGCGUUCCCGCGCCUCCUCCGCUGGCUCGUCUCCUUCUUCUUCUUCCUCGUCCUAUUCGAGCGCCUCGGCGCCGCCGCCGCACUGCUCUUCCUCGCCCUCGCUCUCGCUUUCUGCGCCGCGACCCCCAAGCUCACCCGCGCCGCCUCCUCGCGCAUCUACAGCCGCCGCCCCUCCUCGCGCGGCCUCCUAUUAACUGGAGGCAUCCUGCGCCACCUCAAGACGCUCGUCGCCGUGGGCCUCAUGCUCGGCAUGAUCGCCGGGUUCCUAACCGGCAGCAUCUUCUUCUCCUACCAGAUUGGGCUCGAGGGCAAGGACGCCGUCAUGUCCCUCAAGUCCCAUGUCGAGAAGGGCAACUACUCCGAGAAGAUUGGGCUCAAGAAGUGGCUGGACGACAAUGACAUCCCUGGCUUGGUCGAUCAGUACUCCGCCAAGAUCUAUGACACCGUCUGGGAGCAGGUCGACCAAUUGGCAGUGCAGUACAACCUUACCGAUUUCACUAGCGGAUUCCGGCAUUUCUUGAUCAGCCAAUCAGUUGACCCAAAGAGCAAGGCGCUCAUCAGUGCCAGACCGCACCCAUACUCAAUGAAGUUGCAAUCAAUUGCUGCGCGUGUGAAGAAAAGGGAGUGGUUGGAGAUUUACAUGGAGCUGGACUCGUUCUUUAGGGAGCUAUUGAUCACAAGGGAGGAUUUGGUGGUCAAGGCCAAGGAGCUGGCUUUGCAGGGAACGGAAAUUGCAAAGAGGCUGCUGUCAAGCAGCACAUCAGUGCUCGGUGGUAGUGCCAAUUUGAUGUUAUCCGUUGCUCUCCGCAUUGUCUCAGGUGCAGCUGAGGUGGUCAAUUUUCUAUCGCAGUUGAUGGUCUUCUUGUGGGUGUUGUAUUACCUCAUUACUGUAGAGGGAGGUGGAGCUACGGAGCAGAUCAUUGAUCUUUUACCAGUGUCAAAACAAGUAAAGGACCGCUGUGUUGAGGUCAUCGACCAUGCCAUUAGUAGUGUCUUGUUGGCCACUGCCAAGAUUGCCAUAUUCCAAGGAGGCCUGACAUGGCUCUUGUUCAAGUUCUUCAAGGUGCACUUUGUGUACACAUCAACUGUGCUUGGAUUCAUCAGCGCACUUGUGCCAAUACUUCCAUUUUGGCUGUCCUCAAUAUUCGCUGCAGGGCAGCUGCUCAUGGAAGGUAGAUAUGUGCUUGCACUGGUGGUAACUGUGAUACACCUCACACUGAUGGAUUAUGGCACAACUACCAUUCUGGAGGAUAUACCUGGGUACAAUGGAUAUCUCACCGGCCUCAGCAUAAUUGGUGGCAUGACUCUGUUUCCCAAUGCUUUGGAGGGAGCAAUAUUAGGUCCCCUUAUAAUGACAGUUGUCAUAGCAUUGAAGAACUUGUACACAGAGUUUGUGCUUGCUGAUGCAGAGGAGACCAGCAGCUAGCAUCAGAUCCAAAGCUAAAUUACUUGUAUUUUGAGAGAAGUACAUGUGUAGGAUUUUUUACCUGCUAUAUUUACAUGAUGGUUUUGCUCUUGUAUUGUACCUGAGAGUAUAUGCACAGCCAUUGCAGCAGUUGUGAUCCAUUCCUUCUUGUUGCAACCUGCCCUCUCUGUAGCUGUAUUUAAUAUAUAUUGUCGUUCCAGAGAUUUGGUUUCGAUAUCUGCUUCGAAUGGCCUCUUUGUCCAA